AUGAAUUCAAGGAAGUUUACUCAAGGGUUUCUUUUAAUUGUACGUGAUUUACCAAUCGGUAUUGAUCCAAACUAUCUAGGUUCCUAUUUAAAUCAAGCAGGAACUGUUUUAGAAUGUCGUGUUGAAGGAACAAUUGGAUUUGUAUUAGUAGAAUCAGAAAAUAGUGCAAAUUUAAUCAUAGCUCGUUUAAACUAUAGUAAAUUUAAUAACAUCCCUAUACGAAUUAUAAAAUAUGAUGAUACAACUCGACGAAUUGUAGCUGAUGGAAUUGGUGUUGUUAUAGUACGAGGAUUGGGACAAUCUGCUGAUAUAUCCGAAGUUCAUAAGUUCUUUUCCAGAGUUGGUGAAGUUAUCUCUGUUCAAAUUCCAAGAACAGAUUGGGGAUCAUUAGGAUUCGCAUUCGUUCAAUACAGAGAUAACAAAACAGCUCAGAAAGCUUCUAUUGAACUUUCUGGUUUCCGCGUUGAUGGAAAUCCAAUAACAGUUAAUUUAAUAAAGAAAAACGGUGUCAUCGUGAAAACAAAUACAGGAGGGGACAUUAAAGUACAGCAACCAUCAAGAGCGCCAAUUGCUGCUCAUGUUGGCGAUAAACAGCAAUAUUAUAAUCAACAUCGUUACAACACUCCAAAAGUUGCAGUGCAUCAAAAGGAUAUACAAAUCGAUGUUUCUCUUCCUAAAAAGCAACACCCUUCUGGUCCUCAAAUCUCAAUUACUCAAUCUUCGGAUACAAAUCGCAGAUUAGACAUCAGAAUAUAA